CGAGCGAUCCUGGGAUAGCGAUGGAGACGCCGGGCGCAUCAACCCAGGCUCUCUUGCUCCCAGCCGCGUCCGGGCCCGGUAGGAAGCGCGCGGCAGGAGAGGUACGGGCUGCGACAAGCAAGCAGCGGGUCCUGGAUGAAGAAGAGUACAUCGAGGGGCUCCAGACAGUCAUCCAGAGGGACUUCUUUCCUGAUGUGGAGAAGCUGCAGGCUCAGAAGGAGUACCUGGAGGCUGAGGAGAAUGGAGACCUGGAACGGAUGCGUCAGAUUGCCAUCAAGUUUGGCUCUGCCCUGGGCAAGAUGUCCCGAGAGCCCCCACCACCGUAUGUGACUCCAGCCACAUUUGAAACCCCUGAUGUGCACACAGGCACUGGAGUGGUGGGCAACAAGGCCCGGGGCCGGGGCCGAGGCCUGGAGGAGGGUGAUGGAGAGGCCGGAGAGGAGGAGGAGAAGGAGCCCCUGCCCAGCCUGGAUGUCUUCCUGAGCCGGUACACAAGUGAGGACAAUGCCUCCUUCCAGGAGAUCAUGGAGGUAGCCAAGGAGAAGAGCCGGGCACGGCACACGUGGCUGUACCAGGCCGAGGAGGAGUUUGAGAAGAGGCAGAAAGAUAACCUUGCACUUCCGUCGGCAGAGCACCAAGCCAUUGAGAGCAGCCAGGCCGGUGUGGAGACCUGGAAGUACAAGGCGAAAAACUCCCUCAUGUACUACCCUGAGGGUGUGCCUGAUGAAGAACAGUUGUUUAAGAAGCCGAGGCAGGUGGUGCAUAAGAACACUCGCUUCCUCAGGGAUCCCUUCAGCCAGGCCCUGAGCAGGUCCCAGCUGCAGCAGGCUGCCGCCCUCAACGCCCAGCACAAACAGGGCAAGGUAGGCCCUGAUGGCAAGGAGCUGAUCCCCCAGGAUUCCCCACGAGUGGGCGGAUUCGGAUUUGUUGCAACCCCCUCUCCUGCUCCUGAUCCUGGAGCCCGGCCGCAGGGAACGGCUGGGGCUGAAGAUGGCCAACGAGGCCGCCGCCAAGAACCGGGCCAAGAAGCAGGAAGCCUUGAGGAGAGUGACGGAGAACUUGGCCAGCCUCACCCCCAAAGGCCUGAGCCCAGCCAUGUCCCCAGCCCUGCAGCGCCUUGUAAGCAGGACAGCCAGCAAGUACACAGACCGGGCCCUGCGGGCCAGCUAUACCCCGUCUCCAGCACGCUCGACCCACCUCAAGACCCCAGCUGGUGGGCCUCAGACCCCCACGAGCACACCGGCUCCUGGCUCUGCGGCACGCACCCCCCUCAGCCAGGACCCAGCCUCCAUCACGGACAACCUGCUGCAGCUCCCUGCCCGGCGCAAGGCCUCAGACUUCUUCUAGAGCCCGGCCCGGGUCGGGCCUGUGGGAGCUUCGUGGAGCCUGCGGGGCAGCUGCCCGCUCAGCAGAGGACUCCGGCCUUCUGGGGACCCGGGCCCGGGCCAGAAAUGGUGACUGACUGUCCCAGGAGCCACUGAAAAGAUGCCGUGCCUCAGGCAGGCUGGCAUGAGACUUGCCCCACGGCCCUUGGGAUGUAUCCCAGGGUCUGGCAGAUAACUGUUUUCUAUCAGACCCCUGCCUCUUUCUGUCUAGCCGUCAUUAAAGAGCACCUAGCACAGUC